AUGCCGCUCUUGCUCCCUUCGCUGCUGACCUCCUCCUUCUGCUCUGGAGCCGUGCGGCGGGCUUCACUGGCGUCGCUCCUCGUAGUCCUGCUCGUCUUCUCGCUUUUCCCAAUCUGCUUGCCGUCCUCCGCCCAUUGCCAUGCGCCGUCUGCGGUCAUAUCCUGGCCUCGGCUCAGGGAAAUUCACCCCAUUGACGGCGCUGUCACACCUUCUGCCGCCCCGCGCAGUGGGGGAACCGUCGUUGUCGGCGAUGUCGUGAUUUCCGCCGCCCCGCGCAGUGGGGGAACCGUCAUCGUCGGCGAUGUCGCGCCUUCCACCGCCCCGCGCAGUGGGGGAACUGUCGUCGUCGGCGAUGUCGCGCCUUCCGCCGCCCCGCGCAGUGGGGGAACAGUCGCCGUCAGCGAUGUCGCGCCUUCCGCCGCCCCUCACAGUGGGGGAGCCUUCGUCGUCGGCGAUGUCAUGCCUUCCGCCGCCCCGCGCAGUGGGGGAACAGUCGCCGUCAGCGAUGUCGCGCCUUCCGCCGCCCCUCGCAGUGGGGGAGCCUUCGUCGUCAGCGAUUACACGCCUUCCGCCGCCCCGCACAGUGGGGAAACCAUCGUCGUUGGCGAUGUCGUGCCUUCCGCCGCCCCGCGUAGUGGGGAACUGUCGUCGCCGGUGAUGUCGCACCUUCUGCCGCCCCGCGCAGUGGGGGAACCGUCGUCGCCGGCGAUGCCGCGCCUUCUGCUGCCUCGAGCAGGCUGGGGCUCUUCCCCUUCCUCCUCAUCACCCUGCUCGCUCGUAGUGUGCACAUCCACGUCGCCUUCGUGA